AUGUCUCUCGGUCUCAUAAAUGUGCCCGGUGAAGAUGUGCCAGGCGAUCUUACCGCUCCAGAUGCGAGUGCUCCAACCUCGCUAGCAGCAGCCACUGGUCUGCCAUCUGAACCAGAUCCUGCUCCGGCACACAUGGCUACACAACUCCCGCGAGAUACUGGCGACAGCACCAUGAUCAGCACGUACGAGAUGUUUGACGCCGACAGCGCCACCACCAGUGGUGACUGGGAGAAACACCUGCGUGGCUCGUUCUGGAUACAACGGUCUCAAGACAAUGACGGCGAGUCCGUGGACGGGUUGAGACAGGCCGUGUGGUGGGCAUGGCUCCGGCAGGACAUAUGGGCGGCCUUCCGGGCAGGACGGCCAACGCUCACUUUCUGGCGUGCUCGAAAAGGGCUCGAGGAGCUUGACUCGGAUGAGCUCGCAACACGGAUAGUCUACAUAUGCGGCAAGUGCGUAGCCUAUGCCGCUUCAGAUGAGACGUCGCCAAAUCAGGAUCCAAGACACAGAAUCGAGCAGGGUGACCGACUUCUCUGCGCACUCGACGAUUGGCACCGUGUCCUCCCCGCCUCUUACCAACCGUCACCGUCGCCAUGGACCCUGUCUCAGAUACUACUGUGUUCCCGCCCAGCCAUGUUGCUUCUUAACCAACCCACGAUGGGCGGACUAAAUGCCUACUGUCUCCGUGACAAGCAGCUUAGUGAAUGUGUCACGAUGGUCUGUGGCAUUGCCAACGCCUGUCAGGAACAUGAAUCCGCAAUGGCCUUUGUUAACGUACAGGCUUUGUUUGGAGUUGGCCAGUUCGUUCGUUCGCCCGAGAUGCGCGGCGAGUUGCUCCGUAUUUUGGAAAAGAUGCUGAAGAUUAGCAAAUUCCCGGCUAGGGGGCUUGUUUCUGAACUCAUAAAAGUGUGGCAGGAAUGA